AUGGAAGGGAAGGAUGGAGAGUGCCGAAUCACGGAGAAGAUAGAAGGAUCGAUCAGAGAGAUAGGAAGCAACUGGGGACAGAUGAGUCAAGGAGAAAGGCCAGCGGCGGCAGGUGUAGCAGAGAAGCCAGGGAAAGUAUCCCUGGAAACGGCUGGUUUAGCAGCCAGGAGGUCACUAGCAGCUCAGCAAGAGGCGCUUAAGGAGCGUGUUGCCGUGAUUCAAUGGGCCCAGCACAGGGACCAACUUUCCAGAGCCCUGAAGACAAGGGGUAACACCCCAAAAUACGAACUCAUUUUCCACUCUACCUUCAUUGGCCGAGCGGCUGCCCAGAACAGAGGCCGCAUCUCCCGAUACCUGGCAAACACAUGCAGUAUUGCCUCACGAAUCGAUUGCUUCUCUGAGGUACCUACCAGUGUAUUUGGGGAGAAGCUUCGAGAACAAGUUGAGGAGCGGCUGUCCUAUGAGACUGGAGAGAUUCCACGAAAGAAUCUGGAUGUCGUGAAGGAGGCAAUCGUUCGGGCAGAGGAAGCAGCUGCUGAGAUUACUAGGAAGCUGGAGAAACAGUAGAAGAAACGCUUGAAGAAGGAAAAGAAAAGGCUGGCUGCGAUUGCCCUGGCGUCUUCAGAAAACAGCAGUAGGACCCCGGAGGAAUGUGAGGAGACAAGUGCAAGACCCAAAAAGAAGCAAAAGCAAAAGCCCCAGGAGGCUCCUCAGGAGAAUGGAAUGGAAGGCCCAUCCGUCUCCUCCAAACCCAAAAAGAAGAAAUCUUUUUCCGAGGAGAAGCUGGUUAGUAGUGAUCGUGAAGAGACAGCUGGCAGUGGAAGUCUUCCCAAGAGGAAGAAAUCUUUCCCCAAAGAGCAACCAGAUAGUGACCCUGAAGAGUCAGGAAACAAGAGGGUCCCCAAGAAAAAGAGGAAAUGCUCUUCCAAGGAGGAGCCUCUCAGCAGUGGACCUGAAGAGGCUGCUGCCAGCAAGAGCAACAGCUCCAAGAAAAAGAAAAACCUCCGAAAGCUAUCGCAGGAAAAUGAGAAUAGACAUUUCCCUAGUAGGGCAUAACUUACAGAGAUAUUU